AUGUACGCACCCAGUUCUAUGUUUUUCCCGUUCGAAGCCCAAGUUGUUUCUGGUCCUGUAGAGCUGCAGACUGAGGAUCUGAUGGAAAUGGAGGAUUAUGUUGGAGCUGUGAACUAUCCAGUCACCAGCAUCCGUCCACCUCAUCAUUUCCACAUCUCCUCCUCAGGUCCUGAUGGGAGUCCAAGAGGUUCCAGCAGCGUUCCUGGUUGUGUCAGCAUGCCUUCAUUGAGUCACAUCACCUCUGCAGAAAACAACAAGCCAACACGAGCUGCAAGCUUACCUGACAUGAAGCUGCAGAGCAGCUUUGAGGAGUUCACCCCUGAUCUGAGUGACGACGAUGAAGACCAUGAAGGCUACAGGUUCCAGUGCUCCUGUCCAGGCCUGUACCAGUGCAGCGUGACCGGCCUGGUGUUUGACAUGGAGGGAGAAGGAGACGUGGUUUACAGGACGGUCCCUUGGAACAGGAGGCUCCUGGUCCAACAUCACAAGAAGCCAGCAGGACCUCUGUUUGACAUCAAGUGUGAGCAGCAGUCUGUGCGUCAGCUUCACCUCCCACACUGUCAGAUCCUCCCCACAGCUGGAUUCCUGGCAGUUGCUCAUGUGAAGGAUGACGGCGUGGAGUUCAUCAGCCCUCAUAAGAUCACAGAAACUCACCUUGUUAUCAACAUCAGGGGCUUUUCUGGUUUCGGUAACGUGAAGGACGAAGACUCUCCCCCUGACCCGGUCCGAGCGUUGGUUCUGCUGUUCUACAGGCCACCAGAUGAUCCAGACGUCACAUCCAUCCUCAAUGUCUUGUUGCUGCCAAAAAACGUUUCCUUGCGAGAUGUGCAGCGCACCAGGAGGAAGUUAGUUGGAGAGGAGAGGUACAUCGAGACGUCCCCACACUGUAAACUGCUCCCAGAUCAGGUCUACACUCUGUCCACUGCACCUGAAGACGACUCGGUUCUAGUUCAGCCAACAGAAGCUGAAUUUGAGGAGGACUGCUACGACAACUACUUCCCAACGUUCCAGGUGUUUCUGGAAACAACCAUGAAACAUAUGAAGCUGUUUCUGAGAGACAGCAGCUCCCAAAGUGUCUGGGACAGACGAGUCUGUCUUUCCUCUGCUGGACAAAUAAAGUCCUGUGGAACAAACGCUCCAAAUAAGAAGCUGCUGGACGUACGGAGCAGCUUCAUCGACGGCACAUCAGGACCGGUUCUCAACAGUCUGCUGGACAAGCUGCUGGAGAAAAAGGUGUUGACCGACUCUGAGAGGGAGUCAGCAGACGUGAUGCCAAACAGGAGAGACAAAGCUCGUUUUAUUAUCGACACGGUGAGGAAGAAAGGCGACACUGCCAGUUCAGAGAUGAUCGAGUUUCUGUGUGAGCUUGAUCCCUUCCUCUGCGAACAUCUGGACUUGAUGUAA